CCCCGGCACUCAAAACACCUGGGKUUUGGGGGUCCCCGAGGGGUUUGCGGGUCCCCCGCCACGCUGGGGCCCCAGAACCCCCCCUCGGGGUGGGGCCCCCCACCUUUCGCAGCGCUGAUUUUCUGUCCCGCAUCACCCGCGUGGGUUUGGGGCGAGCGGGACCCUUCCGUGGACUCCGCUCCCCGGCGCUGGACCUUCGGGAGAAGGGAACACCCGGAGGGGCCCCUAAACCGGCCGGGGGGUUCAUUGUCCCCUCUYGAGCCGCUCCGUCCUCAUUUUUCCGCCCGCUGCCUUGGCCGCGAUGACAAAGAGGCCAUUUACAGCCGCUCGCGGCUGCUGGAAGAGGCAAUCCUUCUUUGCCAUCCCUUCCCGACGUUCCCGUCCUUUCCCGACCCUUCCCUUCCCAUCCCAACACUUUCUCAGCCUGUGCCUCUCCGCUGUAAAAAAAAAAAACAAAACAACAUUCCUUUCUUCUCCCGCCCUCGGGAUGGAUUCCGGGAUGCUCCGGAGGGACAGGUGCCCUAAGGCUCUGCUCGCUCCCGGUUUUCCCGUGGCAUCCCUCCGUGGGCUGCCCCGGGGGGACACAAAGCCACCCGGAAUAUUUGCCGGGUGAAACUUGAGCCGUGGCGUUCCUGSUGGGACUGACCUCGCCCGGCGCGUUUUGUCCUAAAAAAUGAGAAGGGGCCGGGAUUUGGUGCUUAUUGAGGGAGGAAAAGGCUUUCCCGAGAGCGGUCCCGGAGGCUGGCAAAGCCUCUCGGCUGGAAAACCCAAAGUUUCCGAGCGGAGCAGCAGCAUGAUCCUGCAAAUUUUUGGGCCUUACGAUGGAGAGAGGCCGGGGGAGGUGACGGAUCCCGGGAGGCGGCCGGCRGCAGCACCGGUGUCAGCACGGCGCAGGAAAGCUGAAGAUUCCAGCGAGAGCCACGAGGAGGAUCCCAUGAACGACGGGCAGGACGUGGACGACUGGUUCUCCAGAGGUCAGAGUCCCAGCCGAGCCAGCACCCGCCCCAAACUCAACCUGACCAAGCAGGCCUUGCCCUGGAACGAGCAGUACAAAGGGAAGGUGAACCUGCACGUCUUCGAGGACUGGUGCGGCGGGGCCGUGCGGCACCUGAGGAAGAACCUCCACUUCCCGCUCUUUCCCCACACCCGCACCACGGUGAAGAAGCUGGCUGUCUCUCCCAAGUGGAAGAACUACGGGCUGAGGAUUUUUGGCUACAUCCAUCCCUUCAAGGAUGGGGAUUUCCAGUUUUCCGUGGCGUCGGAUGACAACUCAGAGUUCUGGCUCAGCUCCGAUGACAGCCCCGCCAAUUCCCAGCUGGCCGCCUUCGUGGGCAAGCUGGGCACCGAGUGGACGGCGCCGGGGGAGUUCACCAARUUCAGCUCCCAAGUGUCCAAGCCCCUGCGCCUCAUGUCCUCCCGACGCUACUACUUCGAGCUGCUCCACAAGCAGGACGACCGGGGCUCRGACCACGUGGAGGUCGGGUGGCGAGUUUUCCUGCCCAGCCUGAAGUUUGAGGUGAUUGACUCCUCCUACAUCUCUCUGUACACAGACGAAUCGUCCCUCAAGAUGAACCAYGUGGAGCACAUCCCGCAGAGCCCGGCCAGCCACAGCGGGAGCCACCUGUGGGAGGAGCAGCGGGAUGAGCACGGUGCUGACAUGCUCAARGCCGACCCCAGGGACACCUUCUUCCUCACCCCGGCCAUCGAGGCAUCCCGUGUGGAGAAUGUGCUGGUGCCCUGUGCCUACAGCCCCACCUACGUGGUGAAGGAUUUCCCCAUCGCCCGCUACCAGGGCCUGCAGUUCGUCUACCUCUCGUUYGUGUAUCCCAACGAUUUCACGCGCCUCACCCACAUGGAGACGGAGAACAAGUGCUUCUACCGGGAGUCCCCCCUCUACCUGGAGAAGUUCGGGUUCUACAAGUACAUGAAGAUGGACGAGGAGGAGGAGGAUCCACGGCAGCGAGCGUUUCUCUUCCUGGGCCCCGACAAUUUCCUGGACGAGGAUGAGGAGGAGGAAGGAGUGGACAGCCCCGAGCCCACGGACCCCCCUCCCAAGGCCAGGGAGCAGAGCUCGGGGCCAGCACCCGGAGCCAGAGGGAAGGACCCCRCGCCGGUCACGAGCGAUUACGGAGAUGACCUGGACUAUUACAGCUUCCGGCGGCGGCGGGGCCGGGCGCGGGCCGAGCUGGGCACCCCCGGGCAGCUGGGGCUGUGGGGCACGGCCAGCCCUGCCGUCCUCCCCGAGGAUCCCGCGCCGGAGCRGGGCCCGGGCCGGGCUCUCCAGUGGCUGCCGCAGGAUGAGGGCGAGGAGGACGAGCUGGGGCUGCCGGCAGCGUCCCCAAAGCGCAGCAUGGCCCCGGGCCUCCAGCCCCGCCUCUCCAUGCCCAUCUUUGGUGGCAAAGCCAAAACACCGGGUCCCRGCGAGGAUGGGAAGCCCCAGAAAAGCCCGGAGAAGGUUUACGUGACCCGGCUGCAGCCCGGGAAGCGCAAAGCCCCGGCCCACGGGCCAGCCUUCCCUGACAUCUUCCUGUACCCAAAGCCCGUGAAGAGAGUCCAUGUGCGCUCCAGGAGCCCGCAGAAGCAUCCUGUGGUCCCCAGCAAGCUCCGGGCCAUCCCCGGCCACCGGAGCCCCUGGCUCCUGAGCAGCAUCUCCAGGGAGAGGGACCCUGCCUGGCGGAAGAGCGGCCGGAGAUGGGAGCGGCCACCCAAGCAGCGGCUGCUGCCCGGCCUCCUGGCCCUGGGCACCGCRGGGCUCUUCAGCCACGAGGACACCACCCCUGUCCCGCGGGGGACGGCCACCACUGCCGGCUACAACUCCUCCGAGGCCCCCCGCUCCGAGGGGAUACGGGCGACGUCCUUCCUGAAGGCGUCGGGAACGACGGCGGCGUCACAGCAGGAGGAGGGGAAGGGCCGGGAAGAGGAGGAGGAGGAGGACGAGGAAGAGCUGUCAGACUAUUCCUACGAGGUGGGGGAGCUGCAGCAGGGCUGGCUGGAGGACUCCAUCAACUGGCAGCGGACGUUCAGCGUGGGCUCCGUGGACUUCGAGCUGCUGCGCUCCGACUGGAACGACCUGCGCUGCAACGUGUCGGGCAACCUGCAGCUGGCCGAGAGCGAGGUGGUGGACGUGGUGGCCCAGUACAUGGAGAGGCUCAAYGAGAAGAACGGAGGAGGCCGCUGUUUGCCCCGCAGCAUCUACACCCUGCUGAGGAUCAUCAACGUGGAGAAGCGGCGGGACACRGCACGGGGGAACCGCUACCUGCUGGAGCUGGAGCUGGCGGAGCGUGGCCAGCGCACCGUCCGGCUGUCCGAGUACGUCUAUGUGCUGCUGCGCCAGGGCCGGCCGGACGACAGCACCGAGGCCAACGCUGACCUGGGGCCGGCCCCGGGGGCCACUGAGCCCCAGCCCAGCGCCUGGAGCAUCCUCUAUGGAAAGCCGGUGCUGUGCCGGCCGCUGCGGCUCAGCUGGAGGCAGGACGUCAUGGUGCACUUCGUGGUGCCGGUGAAGAACCAGGCCCGCUGGGUGCAGCAGUUUAUCUCGGACAUGGCUGGGCUCUACGGGGCCACAAGGGAUGCCAACUUCAACGUCAUCCUGGUGGACUUUGACAGCGAGGACAUGGAUGUGGAGAAGGCUCUGCAGGACGCCCGCCUGCCCCGGUUCCAGUACCUGCGGCGCACGGGGAAUUUUGAGCGCUCAGCCGGGCUCCAGGCCGGCGUGGACACGGUGGAGGACGAGCACAGCAUCGUGUUCCUGUGCGACCUGCACAUCCACUUCCCCACCAACAUCCUGGACAGCAUCCGCAAGCACUGCGUGGAGGGGAAGCUGGCCUACGCCCCCAUCGUCAUGAGGCUGAGCUGUGGCAGCUCCCCCCGCGAGCCCAAUGGCUACUGGGAGGUGAAUGGCUUCGGCCUCUUCGGCAUCUACAAGUCGGACUUUGACCGCGUGGGAGGGAUGAACACGGAGGAGUUCCGGGACCGCUGGGGCGGGGAGGACUGGGAGCUCCUGGACAGGGUGCUCCAGAGCGGGCUGGAGGUGGAGCGCUUGCGCCUCAGGAACUUUUACCACUACUACCACUCCAAGCGCGGCAUGUGGAACGCCCGCAGCAAGAAGCCCUCCAAGGACUAGCGCCCGAGCCUGGCCCGUGGCCACCGAGCCCCGGCCACUGCAGCCGCCGUGCCCCGGUGCCAGCACGGGGGGCACCCGACAGCCGCCGCGGUGAUCCUGGGGUCGGGGACAGGAUGGUGUUUUCCCUUAAGGGUCUAAUUUCUUAGUCAGCAAUGAAUUUAUCAACUCCUCGGUGCYGGUGGGUCCCGGGGGGGCUGCGCCAGGCUGGGGAUACCCGAGGUGGAAAGGCGGCGUUGGGGAUCCCUUUGCAGCCUCUUUCCCCCUAAAAUACCCAGUGCCUCGUCCCCGUGUCAGGCUGGGGAGCUGAGCUUUGGGAGGGCUGUGAACCCAAACCCUCCUGCCGUCCUUCCAGGACCCACGGAGGGAAGGGGGCGUCUGGCUGUGCCCUGCGCUCGGGACACGCUGUGGGUGGGGGRCAGAGCCCCGUGGGGCUGGGGUGGGACAGGGCAGAGCCUGGAGCAGGUACGGGCAGAUGACGUUUCCAAGCUAAUUUCUGUGAAAUUAUGAGGUAGGAAGCUGUUUUCAGGAAGUUUUUGUCUGUUUGGUUCGGUUCGGUUUGUUUUUUUUUUUUUUU